AUGCGCGGCGGGACGCUGGUGCUGGUGCUGGUGCUGGUGCUGGUGCUGCUCUGCGCCCUCCCCCUGUGCCCGGCUGGGCUGGAGCCCCCCGAGCCGGGCUCCGGGCUGCAGGCAGGGGAGCUGCUGCGGGGGUCGGCACCGCACGGGAGCCGCAGCGGGGGUCGGCACCGCACGGGAGCCGCAGCGGGGGUCGGCACCGCACGGGAGCCGCGGCGCGGGUCGGCACCGCACGGGAGCCGCUGCGGGGGUCGGCACCGCACGGGAGCCGCUGCGGGGGUCGGCACCGCACGGGAGCUGCUGCGUGGCUUUGGGGUCUCGGCGCAGAGCGAGGCAGGAGCGGAGCAGCCGGACUCUGGGCUUUAUGAAGUGAACUUGCUGGACAAAAUCACUUCCCAUGUGCAGGACCUCAGCAAUAUUUCCAUUGGCUAUGAUGAGGCCAACUGCAGCACCCUGGAGAUUGGGCAGUACGCUACGCUCAGCAUCCCUGCGAGGGACGCCUUUGGGGACAGGUUUGCAGAUGAGCUGAGUGUGCUGAUGAAGCUCAGGUACUCUCUGAAGGAGGACAGCAGCCUUGUGACCAUCCUCAGCCAUCGGAGCCACGUGCUCUUCCAGAUCAGGAUUAACCCAUUUGGCCUGGUCUUUGUCACAACCAGGAGGAGACACUAUGAGUUCCCUGUUUCCUUUCUUGGUGAUGGGCAGUGGCACCAAGUUGCCCUCAGCAUCUCCUUGGAGAGGCUGGAGCUGCACGUGGACUGUCAGCUGCUGGACAGAGUGAGCUGGUCCAGUUACCUCGGGAUGGGAGUGAGCACUGAAGGGCUGAUCAUCAUUGGAGGCCUGAUCGAGUCCUUUGAGACCCCCUUUAAGGGUGCUCUGCAACAACUGACCUUCGUGAUGGGAGACCCAGCAGCCGCCGGCCAGCAGUGCCGCAGCCACAGCCCAGCCUGCACGCGCCCCUUCAGCUUUGUGUCCCCGUGGGAGCUCUCAGCAGCCUGGCCACAGGCCUCCAGACUCCCCAGUUCAGAUCUGACCAUGGGGCCACCUUGGGUGUGGGAGGAUGCCCAGGAAACCCUGAGCCCCCAGCCUGAUGGGAGUGCCCUGACUUCCCUCUCUGCUACCGAGAUGCUGUCGGCUGAGGACGAGGAGGAGGAGGGCAGCCUUUCUAUUGAGGAUGAAGGCUUUGAGCCAUUGAACUCCACCUCUAAUAAAAUGAGUGUCCCUGGAAGGCCAGGGCUCAGCAGGAGCAGCCCCCGGGCUGCCAGCAGCUCCGGUGAAGCAGCCAAGAAGGAACGUGCCUCUGAGCCCUGGCAGGAGAAUGUGACCACGGAGAAGCUGCCGGGUGCCGCAGGCAGCCAGCGGCGGGUCCUGCCCGGCAAACCUGGCGCCGCCAUCGCCCACCUGCACGUGCCCACCAGCUCCACCAAGCUCUCCCCACCGGCACGUGGGGCGGCUGGCCCCGCAGGCAGCGUGCCCAAAGGUCCCCUGGGGAUGGAGUCAGCAGGUGUUGCCCACCCAGGGCUCCCCGUCUCGCCGGUGCCAGCGGGGCGGCAGCGCCACAUGAAGCCGGGACCGCCGGGGCUGCCGGGACCGCCAGGGCUGCCGGGCUGUCCUGGGAGACGUGGACUGGUGGGACCCAAGGGAGACAAAGGGUACCCUGGAGCCAUGGGGAGGACAGGGCCCCCAGGUGACCCAGGCCCUGUGGGCAUCCCUGGUGUCCCCACCAUCAUCCUCUGGAGGAACUCCAGGGAGGACUGGCAGACGUUCAUGCAAUCAUCAUUUUACCAGCUCCUCCAGGCAGGCUGGCCGAGAAAACCCGGAGCCCCUGGGCCCCCAGGACACCCAGGGAGAACAGGAGCACCUGGUCCUUGUGGAGAGCCGGGAGAGCCAGGUGAGAAGGGCCAGCGUGGAUACACGGGAGAACCCGGGCUCCAGGGCUUGCCAGGACGUGCAGGUUACCCAGGCUCAGAUGGCUUCCCUGGCCUGGAUGGCAAACCUGGGCCGUGGGGUCUGCCAGGAGAGCAGGGACUGCAGGGCUACCAAGGUGACCGGGGGCUGGCUGGUGAGAAGGGAGAAGAGGGUUUCUUGGGUGACCCUGGACCAGCUGGGGAGAAAGGAGAGAAGGGAGCAAAGGGGGUGAAAGGAGAAAAUGGCCUGCCAGGUCCUGCUGGGCUUCAGGGCAUGUUGGGUCUGAAGGGUGUGAUAGGCUUCCAAGGGCCUGCGGGGCCAGAGGGAGAAGGUGGCUCAGUGGGUCCCCCAGGCCCUGCUGGCCCUGUGGGAGAGCCGGGCCAGCCGGGAGCCGUCGGGUGCCGCGGCGUCAAUGGCUCUCAGGGAGAAAUGGGCCCUCCUGGCUUGCCUGGCCCGCGGGGCCCCAAGGGACCGCAGGGCUUGCAGGGGAGACGUGGCCCCCCCGGCCCCAGGGGCACACAGGGUCCAGCUGGGAUGGAGGGAUCCACUGGUCCCAAAGGAGACCCUGGUACAGAUGGUGUCCCCGGGCUGAGGGGACAGCUGGGACAGGAGGGCCCUGGGGGGUUCAUUGGCCUGCCAGGUCCAAAAGGCACCCGAGGAGAGCAGGGCUGUCGAGGUCCAGGUGGAGCCAAGGGAGACCUGGGAGCCGAAGGAGCCAAGGGUCCUCGUGGAGCACAAGGAGCAAAAGGUGCCCCUGGGAUUCGGGGCCAGGUCGGCUUGCAGGGCUUCCCAGGGCCCCGGGGAGCCGCGGGGCCUCGCGGCCCGGAGGGAGAAGAAGGCCCGAUCGGCCCGGCGGGGCUGAACAGCAGCGCAGGACCCAAGGGAGGCCGAGGACCUGACGGCCCCAAGGGAACCCCAGGACCACGGGGAGUGCGGGGCCGUGUGGGUCAGCGUGGGCUCGUCGGAGUGCCUGGGCUGCCCGGCUCGCGGGGCAUCCCGGGAGAGGACGGCGCCGAAGGAAAGCCUGGUACACAGGGUCCCCCAGGGACCACAGGCAGCCCGGGCAGGAGGGGACCACUGGGUUUUGCUGGCCUGCAGGGGGCCCGUGGACACACAGGACCUCCAGGAUCCACAGGCUCCCUGGGAAAACCUGGACCUGACGGAGACCCAGGUUCCCUGGGACCAAAGGGGCUGCCUGGGAAGCCUGGCUCGGAGGGGCCUCAGGGACCCGUCGGCACCUACGGCCACCCAGGAGCUGCCGGCGGGCGCGGGAGGCCGGGCCCCAGGGGAGACAAGGGAGAAACGGGAGCCCAAGGCCCACCGGGACUCCCUGGCACGGCCGGCCCCAAGGCCCUGCCAGGGCCCCCUGGUCCACGCGGCGCUCCCGGCUCCCAGGGCAGAGUGGGUGACCCAGGUCCUCGAGGGCUUCCAGGCCUGCCUGGUGUUCCUGGCAUGCAGGGGCUGGAUGGGAGCCCCGGGAAGCCUGGCUUGGCAGGAGAAACAGGGGCUCCUGGAGUGACUGGUGCUGCUGGGCCACCCGGCUACCCGGGCCGUGAAGGUCCCAAUGGCCCUGAAGGGCCUCCAGGGAUGAGAGGAGAGAAGGGUGCCACGGGACGUCCUGGGGACGCUGGUGUCUGUGGGCUGGUUGGCGAGCAGGGAGCACCGGGCUGGCCGGGAGCAGAGGGGCAGCCGGGGCACAAGGGCCAGCAGGGAGAGAGAGGAACCUGCGGAGCUCCAGGCAUCAGAGGGAGCCCCGGGGAGCCAGGAGACGAUGGGCCAGAGGGGCCAGCGGGGAGACCUGGGGAGCGAGGGAAGGAGGGUGACACUGGUGAUGCUGGAGACCCAGGCGAGCCAGGACUGCAGGGACAGAAGGGUGACACCGGCCCCAGGGGCCUUCCUGGAGCUCCUGGCCCUGGAGCUGCCACGGGGGAAAUUGGAGAAAGAGGCCAUAAAGGAGAGAAGGGCCAAGAAGGUUUGCUGGGCCAGGUUGGUGUCACUGGAGCUGUGGGACCUGCUGGAGCCAGAGGAUGGUUUGGUGGGACAGGUCUCCGAGGCCCCCCUGGGCUCGAUGGUGCCAAGGGAGUGAAGGGAGAUCCAGGACCACAAGGCAUGGAUGGCCCUGCUGGUGCUGCAGGAAUAGAGGGACCUGCUGGGGAUGAAGGGACCAAGGGAGACAGCGGGAAGCCCGGCCCAGUGGGCACGGCGGGCACACGGGGGCUGGCCGGCGCCUCUGGGUUCCGGGGCUACGCCGGGCACGAAGGAGCCAGAGGAGCAGCGGGUGCCAAGGGGGAGCCAGGCCGGCAGGGUCCUCUUGGGCCGCCGGGCAAAGCUGGAGUGAGAGGGCUGAGCGGCACCGAGGGCCCAGCAGGUGUGAAGGGGGAGCCUGGCAGGCCGGGGAAAGCGGGGCAAACGGGGCCUCCAGGACAAGCCGGUCCUAAAGGGUGGAAAGGUCACAAAGGAGAAAAGGGCGAUGUGGGGCGUGAAGGGGCAGAAGGGGUCCCUGGAGAAGCUGGCAGACAGGGCAAGCGAGGCAAGGCGGGUCACCGGCCCCCGCGAGGUCCCCGGGGACACAAGGGCUGCCCAGGUGAUGAGGGGCUGGAAGGACCCCAGGGCCCCCAAGGACCCUACGGCAUCCCAGGGCUGAAGGGCAUGAAAGGAGACCCUGGACCAAAGGGACACAAGGGUGAGAAGGGCAGCAUGGGUGACCUGGGCCAGCAAGGGGAUGAAGGCUUCAAGGGCAAGCUGGGACCCCGUGGCACCCCUGGGAGGCCGGGACCCAAGGGACAGCAGGGUGACAGGGGCCCCCCCGGCCCACGGGGACACCCCGGCAGCCCCGGCACACCGGGCUUAUCUGGACCCAAAGGGCUGAAGGGCUUCCCAGGGCUGCCAGGCCCCAGGGGCACGCCGGGGCUGCCGGGUCUGGCUGGCCCUCCCGGCCCCAGAGGCCCCGCGCUGGAGCUGGCCAGGGAGGAGCUGCGGCACCUAAUUUACCCCUCCAACCACCUGAAUUACACUGCAAUCUGGGCUCUGCUGGACACCCUGAGCCAGGAGCUGAGAGCCCUUGUUGAGCAUCCCAACGGCACCAAAACCAACCCAGCGGCCACCUGCAAGGAGCUGCUGCUGGCGCAGCCCGACCUGCCCGACGGGCAGUACCACAUCGACCCCAACCAGGGCAGCCCCCGGGACGCGUUGGUGGCCUUCUGCAACUUCACGGCGGGGGGUGAGACCUGCAUAGCCCCCACCCACAGCCAGAUCCCCAUCAAGGCUUGGCUGAGCACCUACACCUCCAAGGACAGCUUUGAGUGGUUCAGUACCCUGCCUGGGGGCUUCCUGCUGGAGUACACUGGGGCCAGCCCGGUGCAGCUCCGCUUCCUGCGCCUGCACAGCCGCUGGGCCACCCAGAAGGUCUCCUACUCCUGCAGACCAGCCCCUGAGCAGCGCCAGCCCCAGCCCCAGAAGCAAAUCCACUUCCUGGCCGACUCCCGGGAGCAGAGCUAUGUUGCCAGCCUGGAAGGCUGCCUGCUGGACAAUGAGUCCUCCAUCACCGACACCAUCUUCCAGUUCGCCACGGAGGAGCUGUCGCUGCUGCCGCUGCGGGACCUGGCCGUGCUCCACACCGGCGACGCCUCACACCAGUUUGGCUUCACAGUCGGGCCAGUUUGCUUCAGCUGA